CGGACACAUUUACGCGUAACCUAAACCGGAAAAGGCAACGAUUCGCAGCAUAUCGGACGGAGUUUGUUUAUUUAUGCCACUCAAAGAUCAAUCAAACUCGACCACUAUGAAGCCGGCGGUAGAUGAGAUGUUUCCCGAAGGAGCGGGACCUUACGUAGACCUGGACGAGGCAGGGGGAAGCACCGGACUCCUGAUGGACUUGGCUGCAAACGAAAAGGCAGUUCACGCAGACUUCUUCAACGAUUUUGAAGACCUCUUCGAUGAUGACGACAUCCAGUGAAAGAUGUACACCUUGGAGAAAUUUGUAUAUAAACUCAGGAAAAAUAAAUGUGUUCAUUAUGUUUAUGAAACUGAAUAUUUUGAGGUGGUGGUUUGACUCAGACAAGCAGUUGAUCACGAAUAACCUGUGUUGCGUUUAUUCCUAUUGAAUACAUUUUGUGUUUCAAGGAAUUCUUAGACUUUUGGCUCCAGAUGUUGCUAAAUUCUAAAAAUCUCUUACAUUCCAUGCUGUGGUAUGUUAAAAUUACAACUUAUGUUCAUGUCCAGGCCUCUGACCUAGAUUGCAGGUUUAUGGGCACUCCUGAACACCUGUUAGCUGUAUUUUUUUUGAGUAUAAUUAUAUGUGAGAUUUCAGAAUGCUUGUUUAAGUUGUACUUAAACACACUGCAGAUGGUAAAUGAUUAAUGGAUCCUCAGCACAAAAUUGCUUAAAUUAUUUCAAAUGAUAUGAAUAAAAGUAUAAAACCAUGCAUAUUAAGGGUCAUAACACAUAGUUUCUCAUUUGAUGUAUCUAGAAAAAUGCCUUUAUUGUAUUUUGUUCUUUUAUCACAGAAAUAGAUGUUAUCUGUUCUAUGUAUGCACUGAAACAGUGAAUUAUACUGUAGAUGUCCUUCUGAAAUGCAGCAAAUCUCCCAGCCUACGUUUCAUGCUGGAC